CCGGCCCUCAGUCAGCCUCCAGUCAGUGAGAGAGAUACACGUGCACGUCUGGUGCGCCGCCGCCACUCGCUCGCUGUGGCCACUCACGUGUUUGUUUGGCCCCGCGCGGCUCUCAACCUUCUCCACCAAAAUUAAUUCCUCCUUGCUUGGACCCGCCAGCUGGCAUGCACUGAGCCUCGUCACUUAAUAGCUAAAACAGGAAACAGUGCAAGUGACGCGAAAUGACUCUGUAAUCCUUUGAAUCCCGACUCAGUGACACGAGUGUUGACGGGCGGCUCUGGCCAAGUGCAGGCGCGAGGGUGUAACUCAGUGCUGCCCUUGCUUGGGUGGACUGGAGCGUGUGUUAGCAUAGCGAUGGUGACAGAACAGAGAACAAGGUGGACUGAGUGACUGAGGAUUAUUAACGCACUCAAUCUGGUAGUUAUCCCUCUCAGCCUCCCUUCUUUCCUUCUUGCAGCAUUGAAGCUUGCAGUGAGACCCAGUGAAGCACUCAAACACACACAGCUGCCUGGUGCCACACACACAUACACACACAAACACAAACACUAAUCUCUCCAUCCUGAAAACAGAGUGAACAGAAAGCAACCCAAUUUUUGAGUAACUGUUUUCGAAAAGCAAACACGAUUGGAUGAGAGUGGAGUGAGUGAGCGAGGAAUGAACGCUGCGCCCGGCGUGGACUAUGAUAACUGAGGGAAGCAGAGGAAGUGGUAACCGGAGAAAGAAGAGGAGGAGGAGGAACUAAGAGAAGACUCAGUGAGGAAAGAAGAAGAGAGAGAGGGAGGGAGGGAGAGAAAGGAGAAAAGUUGGAGCGUAUUUCAACAUGUGUGUGUCAAGCGAGGCAACAUUACUGGUGGCGGUGAUGGUGAUGACUGCCCUGCCUCAUGGCCUUUAUGGUACGGUGACGGAGACAAUUCCAGGAGGCGUGCCCGUGUUUACAGAGGAACCCACGGACGAGAUUGUGAGGCGCAAUGACCCACUCACGCUGUACUGCAAGGCCACUGGAGACCCCCCGCCUAGGAUUACGUGGUACAGGACGGAUUCCGAGGCGCCCUUGCGGGACCGGGACAGCCGCAUGCAGCUCCCAGACGGCUCCUUAUUCUUCUACCGCCUACGUGGGAGGGACCGCGGCACCUACUACUGCGUGGCGCGGAGCACGACAGGCGCCGCCACGUCCAGGAGGGUCACCGUGCAGAUGGCGUAUCUUCGCGAGACUUUCCGCAAGUCUCCCCUCAGCCUCGGAGUCAAUGAAGGGGAGUCUGCUGUGUUCGAGUGUGACCCCCCCAAGGGCCACCCGACCCCCGUGGUGACCUGGAGGCUGGACGAGCGCGACCUCAUUCUCCCCAGGCACAGGUACCGGCAGGACGGCUCCACCCUCAUGGUGUCCCAUGUGGUGCCUUCUGAUGAGGGCGAGUACCAGUGUGUGGUGACCAACAUGGCGGGCAGGAGGGUAUCCGAGGUGGCCCAGCUGACUGUGUAUGAGUCAGCGCGAGUGGGAGGCGUGGUGAAGAGCAUGGUGGGUGUGGCUGGGCACGACGUGACGCUGCCCUGCGUGCCCUCAGGGAAGCCCGACCCUCAGGUGGUGUGGCGGCGGGCGGACGGACUGAUGCCAGUGGGCCGCGCUGCGAUGGGGAGGGACUGGAGCCUCACCAUCACAGCUCUGCGCAGUGGUGACCAGGGCACCUAUGUGUGUGAGGCAACCAACUCCGCAGGCACUCAUGCCGCCAACACCUCCCUGCUGGUGGUCGAGAGGCCGCGGGCAGAGGGCGGUGUGCGGCCUCGCAUCGCAGUCAUCACGCCAUCACAUGUACGUCAGAUCGGCUGCCCCAUCACGGCCACACCCACGCCCAUCAUCUUCUGGGUGAAGGAGAACCAUGGGCGGCAGGAGGCUCAGCGAGAGGCGGGGCACACACUGACGGGCGAUGGUGAGGAUGUGUAUCGCCUGGAAGAGGAGCAGCCGUGGGUAGUGGCGAGUGGAGCGGCUGCCACAGUGGAGGAAGCAGCGCCCAUCGUGGACCACACCUUCAGCCUCCACGUCACCACGCGCCACGAGGGACUGUGGGCGUGUAUGGCAGCUAAUGAGGUGGGUGGUGUGGUGAUGCCUGUGCGAGUGGUGGGUGGUGGCGUGGCCAGGGGCACCGUCUCUGUGGGCAUGGUUGGCGUUGAUGAGGUGGAGGCACGAGCUGCACUCCUCACACCCACUCUGGAGCAAGGCUUCCCAUCUUCCUCCACCCCAACCAGUGCCACCGUCACCUGGAGAUUGAUCCACCGGUCCAAGCAUAUCGAAGGGAUCUACGUGCUGGGGUGUGAGAGAGGCAGUGGCUUCAUCCACCCCCGGAUACAACAGCAGCUCCAGACCCAUGACAUCUCCCUCCUGCACCACCCACACUCCCACCACAGCCACCAGCCUGCCCCCACCACCCACACCAUGGACCAGAGGGAGUCAUCCACCUCUGAGCAUGUGGAGUGGCCUGACAGUGGAGGAGGACCUCACACCUCACUGGCAGAGGAAAAUGUUGAGCACAUUCUCUUAGAAAAUGAGUCUGGAAGAAGCACCACAUCCUCCAACACAACUGGGGUGGAGGAGGGAGGUGAUGACUUCCCUUUGCCUCCUACCUGCUCCAACUUGAGAGUGAUGGGCCACACCCUCGUCCUGGCUAGGUCUUCCUUCCAGGUGAUGGGGCUCCAUCCAUUCACCUCCUAUUGGUUUCUUCUGCUGCCUCACUAUAAGGGUGUGCUGGGUGUGCCUUCCAACAUGCAGUCUUUCACAACGCCACAGGACGUGCCUGCAGGGUGGCCAGUCCUGUCAAGGUGGUGGGCAGCCAGAGUGGGGCCAGACACUUACGCUCUCACCCUUCACUGGCGGCCACUGCCCCCACACCUCGCCCAUGGGGUCAUCAACAGAUAUCAGGUCCUGGUAAGAGAGAGGGACACAGGCAUAACCCACAAUGUAAGUGUGAUGGGUGACCUGACGACACUCACCCUGCCCAACGUGACAUCCUCUCGAGUGGAGGUGAGCAUGGCAGCCUCCACUGUGAAGGGCACAGGCAGCGCAUCCCCACCCACCAACCUCAACCUGCUCAUGACUCACCACAAGGAGCCUGGUGUGGGUGUUGGUUUGAUAAGGUCAGCCUGGUUCCUGGUGCUGGCGGGCGGUGCAGUGACAAUGCUGGUGGUGCUGGUGGGCUGCACGCUGGCCGCCCGAUGGUGUGCCCACAGCCUCACCCAUUCCUCCCUCCCAGCCGACAUGGGUCACAGCAAGGUGGGCGGCCCCUGGGUGGAUGUGGGGGGUCUGUGGACAUCUGUACCCACCCAUGACCUCAGCUCUGACAAGUCUGAGAGGAAGCUGCUGGCCAAUGGGUCCUCCUUGGCUGAUUAUGUGGAGGUGGAGGCCGAACCACAGCUCAAGGAUGAAACAGGCAACAAACGAUUAGAGGUGUGGCCGGGUGGACUGCUCUCACCCUCACCAUCCCCAUCUCGAGUCUCCUCUUCAUCACACCAAGCCAAGCAGCUGGCCCAGAGCGAGUCACUGCUAUCACAGCCGCGCAGGGCAAGUCACUGCAUGUUGCGCCAGCAGACAUCAGGCUCCUAUGCAAGCUCCAGCGCCCACCACACAUCUUCCACCUGCCGGAACUCAGACACAGGGACUUGGUACACAGGCGAGUACUGCAAUUGCUACCAGGAAGACUCCAAGCUGGGCCUUCACCACGAACCCUUCUGCCCCUCAGCCACCCCCUCUGGCUGCUCCACCGUCCUGCAUGUCAGCCUUAACCCUCCCUCAGAUUAUGCCUGCACCUCCGUGGGCACAGACACGUAUGAGGCUGUCACCACAUACGAGGAGGCUGGCAUCCCCCUGGACCUUGGGCCGGGGAAGCAGCCAUCUGCCACACGGCAGCUGAGACUCAACACGGAGUCCACCACAGACCUGUCCAUGGACUGCUACAACUACUCUGAUGAUGACCCCGAUGCCACACAGUCGUUUAGUGACACAGAGGCUUCCUUCUUCAUUCCACAGGAGCUCCGCAGAAGAGAUCCCUCCAAGGAGAAUGAUUCCUCCUGCGAGGACCUCCACCGGCCCCUCAAGGAGCAAGGGGCUGCCAGGAGAACUGCGAGUGAUGAUGCGUUCCAGCGAGAGUUGCAGAAAGUUGUAGAAAAGAAAUCUGAUCAGGACAAAAACAAACAAAGUAAUUCCCUCAGGUAUCUUUAUUGUGUGACAGAAUCUCCCUCAAACUGUGACUCUACCUCCGCCAAGCCUCUCUCAGCAGAAAGCCUGAAGAGGAUAAGCUCCCGUUCCUCCAUGUCGCAGGACAGCCUCGAGAACCAGUUUGAGCAGACGCUGCGCAUGAUCUCCCAGGGAGCGUCCUGCAACCUGGACUCGGACAGUGUGUCAGUGUCUGCCUUUGACUGAAACCCUUUGCCUGCAGUGUGUUGAGGAUGAAAAUCAAUUCAGGGAGAGUGGAUGUUCAGGUGCACAGUCUUCUGAGAACAGCGAGUGCUUUCUUUCAUGGAACACAACCUUUCCCACACCAGUGGUGAACCCUCAGCGUGAAUACAUGUACUUGUGUGAUUUGCUGUUCAUAAACAACACAGUCGAGGAGCAUGACACCUUGCAUUCAUUGUUAUUUUAUUAUUAUUAUUAUUAUUAUCAUUAUUAUUAUUGUUAUUAUUAUUCCUAGCAGCUCAGGGGUGUAGAGAUUAGCAGCCUGAGCUCACACCCAAGAGGUCCUGGGCUCAGAUCCCUGGCUAGGCAGAGACAAAAUUAGGUUUGUCUUGCACACACUGUAGUCAUUUUAUCUCAACAGUGACUGGUGUGUGGUGCAAGCUGGGCACUUCUGACCUUGCAUCUCACCCGAAGCAGAAGGCUAGCAACCCUGUCCUCACAUGUGCAUGCACGUGUGUGUGUGUGAGAGAGCAGCAUAAGAGAGUAGCCAAUGUGUGUUUGGUGUAUGACAAACAAUAUCACAUAGUUGAGGAGACAUGACCAGCCAAGACUACAUACUGUUGUGUUAUACUCAUGUGGCACUCACAUUUUAGAAUGCUCAAGGUACAUCACUUGUGUCAGAACAGUGAAUGGUGUGUAAAAAUAUUUUCCAGCUGCAGAUUUGUAUGUUGUCAUGAAAUACAUAUCAUAAUGAUGAGCUCAAAUGUACUAUCUCUUAUUUUA